AUGGCUCCAACCCUCGAAGAAUCCUCCCAUGUGGUCCCUAUCACGAUUCCGUCCAAGGCCGCUCAGGGACCAUCGACCCUCCAGCGGGAGCCCCUCAAGUUGUCUGGGGUCCUCGAUCAGUUCGAAUCUUUCGACGUGACCCCGGUCAUCGGAAAGGAGUUUCCCACAGUCAACCUCAAAGAAUGGCUUCAAGCUCCUAACUCGGACGAGUUGUUGAGGGACCUGGCCAUCACCAUUUCCCAACGGGGUGUGGUGUUCUUCCGGAAGCAAGACGACCUGGACAACGAUUCCCAGAAAGAACUUAUCCAGCGUCUGGGCCAGUUGGCCGGCAAGCCCGCAACAUCCGGCUUGCACAUCCACCCCGUCACCAACGCGGGUCGUGAGCAUGGCGGCAAGGACGAUGAGAUCAGUGUCAUCAGUUCCGAACAGCGCAAGAAGCUGUACAAAGGCCGGUAUGUCAGUGGACAAAGUCUCAAAGGCGGCUGGCACAGCGAUAUCACCUUUGAGCCUGUUCCUAGCGAUUAUGCCGUGCUCCGUCUAACCAAGCUGCCCAAGACUGGAGGAGACACCCUGUGGGCCAGUGGAUACGAAGUCUUCGACCGCAUCUCCGAACCAUAUCAACGGUUCCUGGAAUCCCUGGCAGCCACAUACGCCCAGCCCGGAUUCAACCAGAGCGCCAAGGACAACAACUUCGAGCUCUAUAGCGGGCCGCGUGGUGCCCCAGAGAAUGUCGGGACUGAGCUCCGGGCGGAGCAUCCUGUCAUCCGUACCAAUCCUGUGACCGGAUGGAAGAGCGUGUUUGCCGUUGGGGCUCAUGUCGAGAAGAUCAAUGGAGUCGCGGAGGAGGAGAGUAAACACCUCCUGAACUGGUUCGUGACGUUGAUCGUCGAGAACCAUGACCUGCAAGUCCGGCACAAAUGGAACAAUCCAAAUGAUCUGGCUAUCUGGGAUAACCGCAGUGUAUACCACACUGCGACAAAUGACUAUGAUCCGUUUGGAGAAGAAAGAGAAGGACAGAGGGCUGUGAGUCUGGGAGAGCGACCCUACCUCGAUCCCAACAGCAAAUCCCGGCGACAGGCUUUGGGGCAGGCUUAG